UAAUGUUCAAGUGAGUUUUGUGGAGCUGUAUAUAUGGUUUGCCUUUGCCAGGAAUACAACACGAGCUCAGUGCAGGUAUUCCCGACCCCCAGUCAAGCUUCCAACAAUUUUUACAAGAUGAAGAACUUUGCCAAUCCAAAAAACGUGUUCAAAAGCUGUUCCAGCCACGAUGAUAUUUCCACAAAGUCCGCCCAGAAAAGAGCAGAUUUAGCUGAGGGUUCUCAACCCGUUGCAGUUCCUCAGUUCACUGCACUAGCUACGGCCGCGAAGAUUCAGGAUCCCAAGAAUGCUCAGAGCAAGAUGAUCCCGCCAGAGCCCCCGAAGCAGGGAAAGAACAAGAACAAGAAGGGCAAGAAGAAUCAGAAGAAUGUGCCUCGAACUCCUAGUCAGAACAGCAAGACCAUCCCCAUAGAUUCCAUUGCCAAGCAAAAUCCAAAUAGGGAUGUUAAGCCAAAGGAGAUGGAGGUGCAGGAGAAAGCAAAGGGGCAGAGGAAGGAGAAUGCACAGGAGAAAGAAAUAACCCAAGAGAAGGAGAAGAACCAAGAGAAAGAGAAGAACCAAGAGAAAGAGAAGGUCCCUGAAAAAAAGAAGGCCCAAGAAAAAGUGAAGGCCCAAGAGAAGGAAAAGGCCCAAGAGAAAGAAAAGGUCCAAGAAAAGAAAAAGGCCCAAGAGAAGGUUAAGGUCCAAGAAAAAAAUAAGGCCCCAGAGAAAAAUAGGGCUCAAGAGAAUGGAAAGGCCCAACAGAAAGGGAGAGCCCAAGAGAAAGAAAAGAGGCCGGAGCAGAAGAAAGGGCAGGAGCAGAAGAAAGGGCAGGAGCAGAAGAAAGGGCAGGAGCAGAAGAAAGGGCAGGAACAGAAGAAAGGGCAGGAACAGAAGAAAGUUCAGGAGCGCAAGAAUACAGUGCAGGAAAAGAAGGUGCCCGUGAAGGUUUCGGAGAAAAAAGUGCAGGAGAAUAAAUCGGUUGCUAAGAUUUCAGAGAAGUCGGCGGAUAAGGUUUCGGAGAAAUCAGCCGAUAACAUUUCGGAGAAGAAGUCGGCCGAUAACAUUUCGGAGAAGAAGUCGGCCGAUAACAUUUCGGAGAAGAAGUCAGCCGAUAACAUUUUAGAGAAGGUUCAGGAGAAGCUCACCGCACAAAAACGGUUAGAGCUAAAGAUCGAAAAGAAGCUGUCACAGCAAAGGCUUAAAGAUAAAAUUAUAGAUCCCAGGAUUUAUGAAAUAACUUACCCACUUGUCGAGAAAGUUUCUCAAUUGGUUUCCCAGCCGAUUGCAGAGGUCCAAGUUGAGGAGGAUGCAGUUGAGGUGCCCACUCUUCCCGAUCUACUGCCCACUGAUUCCACUGAGCGCAUUGAGCCCCCAAGCGAUGUCAGCGUAGAGGAGCUGGCAUUCGAAGCCGAGGAGAACGAGUCUCAGGAGCCCGAGUUCCAGGAGCCCGAGUCCCAGGAGCCCGAAUCCCAGGAUCCCGAGUCCCAGGAGCCCGAAGAACCCGAAGGGCCCGAAGAGCCGCAACAUCCACUCAACAACUGCUGGACUCUGUGGUAUCUGGAGAACGAUCGCACCAAGACCUGGGAGGAAAUGCUGCACGAGGUCACCAGCUUCGAUACCGUGGAGAACUUUUGGAGCCUGUUUACCCACAUCAAGCCGCCGUCGGAGCUAAAGGUCGGCUGUGACUACUGUCUCUUCAAGAAGGGCAUUCGUCCGAUGUGGGAGGACGAGGCCAAUGUCCACGGAGGACGCUGGGUCAUCAGCCUGAACAAGACCACCAAGACGGACCUGGACAACUUUUGGGUGGACUCGAUGCUCUGUCUGAUCGGCGAGGCCUGUGACAACGCGGCGGAACUGUGCGGCGCCGUGGUGAACAUUCGCGCAAAGACCAACAAGAUCUCGAUUUGGACCGCUGACGGGGGGAAGGAGGAAGCUGUCUUGGAAAUCGGACGCAAGUUGCGCGAGGGUCUGCGCAUGGAUAGCGCCUAUACGCUGCAGUACCAGCUGCACAAGGACACCAUGGUAAAGCAGGGAUCUACUGUCAAGUCAAUAUUUACCCUACAGUAACAGAACCUGAUUUCAAACGAAUGGCAGCCAAAAAUCAAAAAUCAAGCAGCGAACAGCGCAGCCAUCAUCAGGCCCAUGUGGUCCAUUUUAUUUAUUUUCGGUAUUUUUUCACCAAGGAACACUAAACCGUCUAGCAAGGCACAAACCCCCCGUUCGGACCCAUCCAUUAUCCAUCUUUCAGAUGUCGAUUGGAUGCCAAAUCUUCAGUCAAGUCUUCCUUGUACAUGUUGUACAUACAUACAUAAAUUUUAACGUUGCUCUCACAAAGCGAAGAAAUAUAUAAUCGAAUGAGUGUUAAGCCAUCA